GGCUCCCCCAGGCCGAGGCACAGAGACCGAGGGCCGGCCGCUGCCCCUGGCGGCGCCCGGGGCGGCCCCAAACCCCUCCUGGGACAGAAGUGUCUGUCUCAGCCUGACAGCUCCGAGGCGUCGGGGAGGAGAGGUCAAAGGGACGGCAGGGCGCAGCGGGCGCUUCGUUUCUUGGCCUCGGGGCGGUCGCCCGCCCUGGCACCCAGAUGUUCCCGUGUCUACGUGUGUGUGUGUUGGGGGGAGGUCAGAGGGCCUAACCUGAGGCCUGUCCCCAAGGCCUAGAUCGUUUUGGGGUGAAGGGCCGCCCGGGCAGAAUGUCACGAUGGAUGAGGGAGACACGCCCCUGCUCCCCGACUGCCUGGUCUACCAGAUCUUCCUGAGCCUGGGCCCUGCGGACGUACUGGCCGCGGGGCUGGUGUGCCGCCAGUGGCAGGCCGUGUCCCGGGACGAGUUCCUCUGGAGGGAGCAGUUCUACCGAUACUACCGGGUGGCCCGGGACGUGCCCCGACACCCAGCGGCCACCUCCUGGUACGAGGAGUUCCGGCGGCUCUACGACACGGUGCCCUGCGUGGAGGUGCAGACGCUCAGGGAGCACACCGACCAGGUGCUGCACCUCAGCUUCUCCCACUCGGGCUACCAGUUCGCCUCCUGCUCCAAGGACUGCACCGUGAAGAUCUGGAAGAACGACCUGCACAUCUCGCUGCUGCACAGCGCGGACAUGCGACCCUACAACUGGAGCUACACCCAGUUCUCCCAGUUCAACCAGGACGACUCGCUGCUGCUGGCCUCGGGGGUAUUCCUGGGGCCCCACAACGCCUCCUCCGGCGAGAUCGCCGUCAUCAGCCUCGACAACUUCACGCUGCUGUCCCGUGUCCGCAACAAGCCUUACGACGUGUUCGGCUGCUGGCUCACGGAGACCAACCUAAUCUCGGGGAACCUGCACCGCAUUGGAGACAUCACCUCCUGCUCGGUGCUCUGGCUCAAUAACGCCUUCCAGGACAUUGAGUCGGAGAACGUCAACGUGGUGAAGCGGCUCUUUAAAAUCCAGAACCUCAACGCCAGCACCAUCCGCACGGUGAUGGUCGCAGACUGCAGUCGCUUCGACAGCCCCGACCUCCUGCUGGACGCCGGUGCGUCCCCCGGCCGCGUCUUUGACCUGGGUGGUGACGUCGAGGAUGAGGACGAGGACGAGGACGAGGCAGCUGGCCCGGCCCCACUGGGGGCCAAGAAGGGCUGCCAGCGCCCCCUGUACGGGCAGAUGCAGCCGCAGCUGGCGGAGCGCGCGCUGGAGACCAAGGUGGCGGAGCUGCUGGCCCGGGGCCGCACCAAGCCCCCGGAGUGCGGUGCGGCCAGCGCCCUGGACAAGCUCCUCAUCUUCACCACGGGCUGCCUCACCUACUCGCCACACCAGAUCGGCAUCAAGCACAUCCUGCCGCACCAGAUGACCACUGCGGGGCCCGUGCUGGGCGAGGGGCGGGGCUCCGACGCCUUCUUCGACGCCCUGGACCACGUGAUCGACGUGCGCGGGCACAUCGUCGGCAUGGGCCUGUCUCCGGACCACAGGUACCUGUACGUGAACAGCCGCGCCUGGCCCAGCGGCUCGGUGGUGGCCGACCCCAUGCAGCCACCGCCCAUCGCGGAGGAGAUCGACCUGCUGGUGUUCGACCUGAAGACCAUGCGGGAGGUGAAGCGGGCCCUGCGCGCGCACCGCGCCUACACGCCCAACGACGAGUGCUUCUUCAUCUUCCUGGACGUCAGCAGGGACUUCGUGGCCAGCGGCGCGGAGGACCGGCACGGCUACAUCUGGGACCGCCACUACAACAUCUGUCUGGCCAAGCUGCGGCACCAGGACGUGGUCAACUCGGUGGUCUUCAGCCCCCAGGAGCAGGAGCUCCUGCUGACCGCCAGCGACGACGCCACCAUCAAAGCCUGGCGCUCGCCGCGCACCGUGCGCAUCCACGAGGCCCGGCGCCCGCGCAGCUUCUUCUCCUGGUUUGCCGGCCAGCGGCGCUGAGGGGGGCCGGCCAGGAAGGAGGACGCCUCGGAGGCUGGGCCUCUUUCGCAUGGCCACGCUGCUGCCCGGACUGCGUGGGCGGCAGGGGAGCUCGCAGGGCAACGCCUUAGGGAGGGGGUCCGGCGCCGAGCGGACGGCCGGGCCCCCGCCACGCUCGCACACGCACACCGCCUCCCACAGCCUGGACGCUUAGCACUGGGGCGCUGGGGGCCCUCAGGCUGACUUGGGAU